AUGUUUGAUUAUUCAGUGUUUGAUGGUCCUUGUACUGCUGAUAGUAAUCAGAUUUCUCAAGUGACAGCCAGCUGUGGAUCCAGUUCCUACGGGCAACAUGCCUUGGCUACUUCUUCUAGUUCUCGAGAGGAAAACAAUGGGAGAUGCACAAAUGAUCUGGAGAUGUCAUCCUUUAUUGAUCAUAAUGAUUUUGAAGGUAUAAAAUACUUAUUAUUUCUGUAAAAUACUACAGUAUUUUUUUCUAACCCCUCAUUUUGGGAAUGGCCUGACAAAGAAAUUUCCCCUAAAAUUUUGGUGAAAUCAUGAUGCUGGUGAUACACCAGAAGUUUUCACGAUAACUGUUAUAUUAUGCCUUUUUAUGACAUGAGUCCCAAGUUCUGUCUGUUAUUGUUCCACAGCUUUGCCACUUUUUGCAAGUCAAGAGAUAGCUCAUGGAGAACGACCAUUAAACCUGUGACUGUUCACAGGCCUCUGCUAAAGGGUGAAAUGAUUGAUAUUUUCAGGGAUCCAAGUAUACUAGAAUAUGAAGUUGAUUUUAGUAUCAUUGGACACACUGGCAUAGAAGAGGAAGGAAAAGGGUCAGGGGUAGUUAGAGAGGUUUUAACAAGCUUUUGGCAUGAAUGUUUCAGUAGUUUGACUGUUGGUGCAUUACAAAAAGUUCCUAGUGUCAGGCAUGAUUACCAGAAAGGGGAGUGGGAGGCAAUUGGCCGAUUAAUUGUGUAUGGCUAUUCAUUUGCCAAGUAUUUCCCCAUUGCCCUGUCCCCAGCUUUUGUUGCAAGUGUGUUUUUUGGGGAGGAAAGUUUAACACCUGAGUUUUUAAUUCAAUCUUUUAAGUCUUACCUGUCUCAAGAUGAGAGUAAGGUUUUAGAAAAGGCUCUUGGAAAUGACUUUGACCCCAAAGAUGAAGAUCUGCUAGAUUUGCUAAGUAACUUUAAUUGUUACAAAAGUCCUGCCAAAACCAACAUUUUCAACAUAGUACAUGAGCUUGCACAUCAAGAAUUGGUACAGAAGCCUCGAUAUAUUGUUGAUUGUCUUGCCCCAAUAAUAAAUAGAAUGAGGGUCUACACACCAUUCCAAACUAUGGAAGAUCUGCAAAAACUUUACAAUGAGAAGAAGCCUACCGCCAAAAGGGUAAUUAAUUUGCUGUCAGCAAAUCCGACACCAGGGGAUGAGCAAAACAGUUUGGAGCAUUUUAAAAGGUUUGUGAAGAGCCUUAAUGGAAAUGAUCUUGGGGGCCCUUUACAGUUUUUGACAGGGAGUAACAUUAUUUUGUGUGAAACAGUUACUGUUACCUUUACAACUCUAGAAGGCAAAUCCCGUCGGCCUAUUGUCCACACCUGUGGACCAUCACUAGAGUUACCUUCAACAUACCAGUGUUAUAAUGAACUUGCAGAAGAGUUCACAGCAAUUCUCAAUGCCAAGGAUUCCUGGUCAUUUAAUAUUAUUUAA